GGUGAGGACAGGGUGCUGUGGGGGAGGAGGGACCCCUGGGUCCUGACCGGCACCUUAUCGGCGGUGCCAGGUGGGGCCAUCCCCAGGGCGGGGGAAGCAUCUCCCUGAGCCCUGUUAUCAGUCCCAGAGUCCACAGGACGCUCCUCGGGUUAACGUGUAACCACACGCUGUCCCCUCCACCCCCAAAGCCGCCUGUGCCCACAUACGCACCAGUCUGGGGGGUCAUAGGCCGACAUGGACGCCUGGGAAGAGGGUCUGUCCCAAAAGCCUUGCUUCUCAGUCCAACAGCUGCACCUGUGCAGGGGGCUGAGCCCGUUCCUUCUCACCUGUGCCAUCUACUUCCUCCUCUGGAUCCCUGAAGACCAGCCGUCCUGGAUCAGCGCCCUUGUCAAGUGCCUGCCCGUCCUGUGCCUGGUGGUGUUCCUGCGGGCGGCGCACUCGGACCGGGGCUACAGGGCGCUCCUGCAGGGGGCCCUCCUGUGCUCUGCCGUGGGGGACGCCUGCCUCAUCUGGCCUGAGGCCUUCCUCUAUGGCGUGACGGCCUUCACCGUGGCUCACCUGCUCUACCUCUGGGCCCUCGGCCUCACUCCCCUGCGGCCGGGCCUCCUGCUGCCCAUCGUCCCGGCCUUCUUCCUGUACAACGGCCUCGUGCUGCUGCACCUCCCCCCUGGCAUGGUCCCCAUGUUGGCGACCUACUCCCUGGUCCUGACGUGCAUGCUGUGGCGCGGCCUGGCCAAGGGCGGGAGCGCCCGCUGGGGGGCCCUGCUCUUCACACUCUCGGAUUCGGUGCUGGCCUGGGACGCCUUCGUGCAUUCCCUGCCCCACGCCCGCCUGGUGGUCAUGACCACCUACUACGCCGCCCAGCUCCUCAUUGCCCUGUCCGCCUUCCAGAGCCCCAGGCUCAAGUCCCGCUGACCACGGCUCGCACGAGCAGGUAUCGGCCCCCUCCCCUCCCUCGAGGCCCUGGGCCUCCAGACUGACCGGCCUGGCCAGAGAAACCCCUGGGGGACAGCAGCCAGGCUCCUGGACUCCUGUCUGCAGGGGCCGGUCCACCCAGAGACACGUGAGAAUCCCCCGUACCACCAAGUUCCUGCCGCCUUCCCUCUGGCCUGAUUCUGGAUGCCAGACCCCUCAACCACACCCGCGUUGGGGGGGCCCGCCUGCCUGCCACCUGCCUCCCAUGUCCACCUGCCCCCUUCCCUCUGGCCCUAGUUUGUGUCCAGAAGUGAAGUGCCCGCUGGGAUGGCGCCAUCUCUAGUCUUUGGGGAGGGGCACCGGGGGAGGGCUGCCCACAACGACAACAAACGGUCCUUUCUCUUUUUCUUUCGUUAACAAACAUACCGUCUUAACCGUUUUUGAAUGUACGAUUCAGUGACAUUAAAUACAUUCACAGUGUUGUGCGCUGAA